GUUUGAUGGUCCGCGCGACUUAACAUGUACGAGGGGUGUCAAACGCGUUGGGUCACAAGAACCGCUAUGUGAAGGAAUAUCUUUUGACUUCGCAAGUACUUGGGAAGCCAGAGCCGCCGUUGCCUUGUUCUCUAGCUGUGCUCUCAUUCUCUUCAAUCAUCUCAUCUUACUCGAAAUACCGACCUGGCGUCGUUUGUUAAUACUUCAAAACUAUGGCACCACAUGAAUACGCAGAGGUACGGCUUGGUGAACCACACUACGCCCACUCAUCGUCAUCAACAGAGGUCGAGUCUCUGGUGGGAAGGGACAAAGAAUGGUCAACACACGAGUACCAUAACAAAAGAAACAUUAUAUGUCCACCUCUUCUAGGAGCAUUGCGAUGGGUUCUCGUGAUCGGACUACAACUCAUCAUCAUCGGUCUGUUAGCGAAAGAGCAAGGACUUCUCAAAGACUCGAAAUGGUGGAGGAGCAGCACAACAAGCGCAAACGAAGUCGGUGGUGACAUUACGGGCUGGGGACCACACAUCCCAACUCAGAUCACAAAAUUCCAAAUCAACCAAACUUUCGCACCCUCCAACACAUCCGAAUUCUUCAAGCCCGAAACGCUCCAAGCCUGGAACGAGCUCAUGCCCGUCGGCAUGGGCUUCCAGCAGAUCCCCGACCCAUCCACGUACCACGACCUCCCCACGCCCAUAAUCUGGCCCAACGCCACCGUCUACACAACCUCCAUGACGCACCAGCUCCACUGCCUCUACGCAGUCGUGCAAGUCUACAGCGCCAUGAAGUCCGACCACGCCCUCGAAGAAGACCACCACUGGCACAUGAUACACUGCUUCGAUUACAUGCGGCAGGCGAUCAUGUGCAGUGCGGAUAUGGCGCUCGAGGGCCUGGAGACGACGUUCCCGGAUCAUAAUGGUGGGAGUGAUGGGUGGGACUCUAAGCAUGUGUGUCGGGAUUAUAGUAAGGUCAGGGAGAGGUUGGAGAGCGUUAGGGCGUAUGAUGAUCAGGAGAUAUUCUGAGGCUGUGGAUGGCAUGUUGGGGUUAUCUGGAACGUAUAGCUUAGAUGAGCCUGGUCUACGGGUUUUGGAGGAGUUCAUUUCGCUGUCGCAAGGUGGACAAUCAUGCCGUCAAGAUCAUGGAUGCUGGGUAAGAGGAUACAUGUUCAGUGCUUCGAGUAAGUACUUUAGGCAGGUAGUGUUAUUAUGGUU